CAAAGAACUAAUGAAGAGUGAUGGACGACAUGCCAAUGUGUUUGAACACCAGAGAGAAAAUAAUGAUGCAGGAAUUCGGAAAUCCUGAUCCUGGUGUGCCACCACCAACUCCGAAACGGACUGUGAGCCCAUUUGUGCCUUUUGCGCGCUCCACCUGGAUUCAUCCACACGCGCCCAUAGACGACUUUGAUCGUGUCUGCAAAACCAUCUGGAGCAGAGCGAAGGAGGCCGAGGGCAGAGGUCAGAGGUCACCCGAGACAUGGCAGAAUAAAGACUGCACGGCUCCAGACAACAAACCAGGUCAUCAUUGGGCCGAGGAGCAGCAGAGAGAGGCAGAUGAUUUGGGUCUGAGCGCAUGGUAUGAAGAGGACAAGCAGCAAUACCACGUCGCCUUCGCCCUUCCUUCCUCUUAUCUCUCGGGCCCCAGACGUCCCCACGUUGCCGAGGCUGAACAGGUACUGAGCCCUGUGAUGGAAGGAGAGAUGAAACGAAACGAGGAGGAGGCAAAGAGGAAACGAAGUUUGGUGAGCGUGAGGACUUUGGAAGCUGACUGUACCCUAGAGGAAGAUGCAGGAGUAAAACAAAUGAGUGUGGAAAAUUCCCUCAAGAAGAUUUUGGUCUCCCAAUCCAGCAGCAGAAGAAGAGACAAACAGACCUCGGGACCUCAACCUCAACCUCUGGCGACGAAUCCCGUCCGCUGCGAAAGUGAGGAUGAGAAGAAUAUAAUCGUCAGUUCUGACAGUGGUUCUAGCGAUGAUGAUGAUUUUGUAGCUCUACCCAGGGUGCGUAGUUGUGGCACUGAUAGUAGCGAUAGUGACUCGGAGGUUGAAAACGACUGCGAGGAAGAGCGAAAUACAAUUUCUCACUCAUUUGAUGGACUAAGUUCGGACGGCGAGCAGGAUUCCCCAUCUCCCAGCACAGAGAAGGACUUUCCUCCAGAAUCCACCAUCAAGGCUGGCAUUCUACCAUGCCCCACAAGGCCUCCAGCCGCAGGGAAGAUGCAUAGCCAGUGGGAGACUCCCCUUUCAUUACACCCACAUGACAUCCCCACUGCUACUCUGGCAAGCUGCGUGACCGCCCAUGUGCGGGCUCCUGUCCAAGGCAAAGCAAAAGCACCUCGGGCGAAAUCGAAAAACAGAGCACCACCGGCAGCUCCAACGCAGCAGGAGGCUUAUGACCUACUGGCUGACUUUCCAGUUCUGCAGCCCCCGGAGAAACCUUUGGGCGUACUGCAUGAUGGGAAUCCCAAGACCAAGGGUGCGGAGGGGAACCGAGGGAUUACUAACUCACAAAACCAAGGCCAAGAGAGCAGGGCUUCCCAUCAGAGGAGGAUGGAAAAUGUGCCCCACGAGGUCUCCUCCAUCUGUGAAGGAGAUCAGAAAUCUGUGCUGGACCUUCAAACAUUUGGCUCCACCGGCAUCUCCCCUACCAUCAGCUGCGAGGUACCCAGGGCCAACAACCAGCCGCCUCCUAGAGUUGCAGCAGGUACAGAUGGCAUGGAUGUUAAUGCCAGGUCCUGGGCGAGUGCUGCCAAGGCGGGCAUGAAGCAAGCAGCUGCCCCUCAGGAGAAAGCCAGACCUUGUACCUUUCAGCAGAUAGUUACCAUUAACAGAGCCAAAGCCGGGUAUUCUGCCGCUCAGAACUUCCCCAACAGAGCGAUUCCUUUCUAUCGUGCAGCCGUUCCUGUGUGUCACGGCCCUCGACCUCGCCACCCAAAUUGGUUUGUUAUACCUGGUUACCCUCCAACCCAUGAGCAUUUUGGAGCCCAGCCGUAUCGAGCCAACUGUCCUCCCGGAUUCAGAUAUCCCCGUUUCCCCUUCCAACAGGGCAGGGGAUACCCAUCCAGACAAAGCCACGUGUGACGACAGCAGGAGUGAAGCAAAAGGAACUGUGUUUCUGCUGAAGACGUUGCUGCACAAUGAAAACUCACUAGACUCUUUUUUUUCUCCCGUUAGACGCCUAAUAAAUAUUUGCAUCACACAA